AUGGGCGAAGAGACCUCCACCCCAAUCCUGUCUCCAUAUCCUUCAGAUGACGAGAGUGAGAGUGGUAGUGACGUGUCCAUCACUCGCCCCAGCAGUGGGACAGCAACACCAACUCAUGCCAAUACUGCUGCCUUUGCAGAAUUCAUCACCACCAAUUCCCAAGAGCUGCAUCUAGCCGAGUCACAGGGUCCGUCUGCUCCACGGGGAGAGAUUGUCGGAAGUGUCAUUGACAAAGCACGAGACUAUCAAGAAGAACUCUUUGAAAGGGCAAAGGAUGAAAAUGUCAUUGCUGUCUUAGACACCGGCAGCGGCAAGACUCUCAUCGCAGCCCUGUUGAUCAGACAUUAUCUACAGCAAGAACUCCUCGAUCGUGCCCAAGGUAGACCACGAAAGAUCAUCUUCUUUCUCGUCAACAGCGUCCAUCUCGCCCGUCAGCAAGCCCGUUUCCUCAACCUCAACCUCCCCCAACCCGUCAUCCCCCUAUUCGGUGACUCCCAUGAUGAUUUGUGGAGGCGAGCCCCCUGGGAGAAAAUCUUCGCGGAGAGGACCGUCGUCGUUUGUACCGCUGCUGUCCUCGACCAGUGCUUGAUGCACUCUUUCUUGACAAUCGACCAGAUCUCGCUUCUAGUCUUUGACGAAGCUCACCACUGCAAGAAAAACCAUCCAUACGCCCGCAUUAUCCGAGACUAUUAUCUCAAAUGCAGCAAUCCCCGUCCGAGAAUCUUUGGCAUGACCGCCUCUCCAGUCGACUCCAAGCGAGAUGUUGCCAAAGUCGCGGAUGACCUUGAGGAUAUGCUGCAAAGCAAGAUAGUCACCACCAAUGACUUGUCAAUCUUCGAUUUCGCCCCAAGAGCAAGAGAUGCGUAUUGGCUCUAUCCUCGUCUCGGACCAGAGCUCGACACCGAAUUGACGAGCAAUCUUCGCUCUUCUGUGGGCUUCGUCGUUGAUCUUCAAAAGUAUUUCGACUAUUCCAGGCAAGCCGCCAGAGAACUUGGGUGGUGGGCCGCAGACAAAAUCUGGCACUACGUCCUUGCUCGAGGUCACCAGUCUGCCAAAGUGAUGAAAAAGGUCGAAGUCCAACUUAGGGACGAAAGUUCAGAUCUAGACUAUCAACAAACAAGGCAGGAUCUUGUAGCUGCUGCCAUAUCACUGGUAGAAAACCAUCACCUCGGACCUGUCAACCCAGACGACAUACAUAACUUGUCCCCCAAGGUUCAAUGUUUGUACCAAAAGCUCAAAGAUCAGUAUUCAGCGUUUCCUGACACCAGAGCUAUCAUUCUCACCGAUCGACGGCUCGCAGCAUCUCUUCUCUGUGACAUAUUCCAUUCAAUCGGUCUGCCCAACGUUCGGCUAGGCGUUCUUGUCGGAGUCUCCAAAUCUAACUCGGAGACAGCCUCUUCCAGGAACCAAGAAGUAGUCAUGGAACAGUUUCGAGACGGACGCAUCAACCUGAUUUUCGCAACUAGUGUGGCUGAAGAAGGCAUUGAUAUCCCUCAGUGUAAUCUGGUUGCACGAUUCGACCUGUACAAGACUCCAAUACAAUAUAUGCAGUCACGCGGCCGUGCUCGCGUCAAGGACUCAAUAUUUGCGCAUAUGAUGGAGGUUGGCGAUGCGAAACAGUUAGCCCACGUCAAUUAUGCCAUCGAAAUGGACGAGUAUAUCCGUCUCUUCUGCCAACGCCUCCCUCCCGACCGGAAAUUAGGCCGUGGAACUAAACUAAAACAGCUCAUGACUCGUGAUGCCAGCUGUGGGAGCUUUGUGACAAAGGAGAAUGUCGUUGCAAAUUUCAACAACUCUCUAGUUCUCCUCAACAGAUAUAGCGAGAGUCUGCGUGUCAUCGGCGCUGAAGGAUCCGAAGUCUACGUCGAAAUGAUCGAUGCAGAACACGACAUGUUCAAAUACAAGGUUGUACUCCCUCCUGUCAAUGAAGAUUCGCAAGUCAAAGUGAGAGGUGCCACAGGCGAGGCACGUACCAACAAAAUAUUGGCUAAGCGUGCUGCAGCAUUCAAAUGCUGUCAAGAGCUUUAUGCCGCUGGACUUCUGGAUGAGAAUUUGGACAGUAUUUUUCGAAAGGUGAAGCCCGAGAACCUCAAUCGUCGCACUGCCGUUCCUUCAACACUGGACCAGUACGAGAAGACGCUAAAACCCAACUUCUGGUUCGAUAGUGGCGUUGGAUCUUUAGAUCUACCAACCCAUUUAUUUGUGACGCGAGUUACUUUCCUCUCGAGCACCGGGGCGAACAAUAAGAGAUCAGUACUCUUGUUCACACGCCUCCCUUUGCCUCUGAUCCCAAAUUUCCCAGUCUUUCUUGACGAAAAUGUCGAACACGAGGUCCUCUUUUCAUCCCUCCCUUCUUCCGUGUCUGUCACGACCGAACAGAUCAGUCAGUUGACUUGUUACACUCUCAAUGCAGUCUUUGCAGACAUUUUCAACAAAGUUUACGAGGCCGAAUCACACAAUAUGAGUUACUGGUUGGCGCCGGCCUCUGAUCAUACUGAUGACGAUUCAUUCGAUGCCUUAGUCGACUCCGAAGAGCUAGCUACUGCUGCAUCGCCCGAAAGAUUGCAAUGGAAGACCAUAAAUCCUUUGUCAGAGUCGCACUGUCAGAGUGUUGACUCGGGAAAAUGGCAAAAUGCUUUUCUCGUUGACCCGGGGAGUGGAAAGUUCCACUACUCGACCAACAACACCGUGACCGGGGUGACUAUCUGGGAUAAACCACCAGCCAACGCGUUUCGUGGUGACAAGAAAUACGACGAUACCAUUGUCGAGUUCACUGACAGCACAUGGCGAAAGAAGGGAAAGGAUCUGAAAACGCUUGCAGACAAAUAUGAUCCUCGACAACCUGUCAUCAAUGCCACGCUCAUCAUAUCAGGGCGAAAUUUCCUUGAAAGUUGCCCUGGAUACCAGCAGCGCUCCGGCUCAUGCUACAUUGCUCCUCAACCAUUAGAAGUUGCACGCGUGUCAAAGUCUAUGGCAGAGGUUCUCCUGGUCUGGCCUGCUGUUCUGCAUAGGUUGGAAUCGUAUUUGAUUGUGGGAGAGGCCUUUUCCAAACUGGAUCUGCAAGAGGUUCCUCUGGGUCUCGCCCUCGAGGCCUAUACUCAAGACAAUGAUGGAGUUGCAGAUCUCGACAUGGAAGAAGGCGAUCAGCUUCCGGAUCCGAAGGAGUCUUCCAAGACUGACAACGUGAAACAAGGAACUCGUCUCAACUACGAGAGACUCGAGUUCAUUGGUGACUCACUACUCAAAAUGAUGACAACUAUUACCGUGUUCAAUCGGACAAAUGCCGACGAAGAAGGCAUGCACUGCAAACGCAUGGCCCUGCUUUCCAACAGCCGUCUCUUUUCAGUGGCCUCGAAACCAGAAUAUGCCCUGUACCGUUACAUCAGAGCAGGAACUGGUGAUAAUUGGAGAGACACUUGGUACCCGGAAUUCCUCACGCAGAAAAAGGGGCGCAAGAUCAAGUUGUCUGAGAAGCAACGCAGCCAUGGUCUAGGACAAAAGACGAUUGCGGAUGUUUGCGAAGCCACUAUUGGAGCCUGUAUCAUGACCAGUCAACAUCUUCCCACAACCGACAAGUUCGAUCUGGGCAUCAAAGCCAUUACAAAGCUCGUCGAAGACCCCGACCACGACAUCGUUUCCUGGGCCCAAGUCGCUCCCAUGUAUAAACCGCCGCGUUGGAGCUUGGAUACCCAAGACUUGGUGGCAAUCAAUCUUGCCGACACCAUCUUCAAGACCACAGGCUAUCGAUUCAAAAGACCACGAUUACUCCGUUCGGCAUUCACACACUCAUCAGAUCAGAAUUCACCGGUACAGGAUCUUCAACGCCUGGAAUUUCUGGGAGAUGCAUGUCUCGACUGGGUAUGCAUAUGGUGGCUCUUCUCAUCAAACCCUCAUCGCGGCCCACAAUGGCUCACCGAACACAAAAUGGCCAUGGUAUCCAACAAAUUCCUCGCAGCUCUUGCCGUGGACCUCCAAUUCCACAAACACUUGAUCGCAUCCCAUCCGUCAUUGUCUUCCGAUAUUGCCAGAUAUGUUGAGGAAAUCGACGACGUCCGACAUGGACAGGACGACGUGAAAGCUGACUUCUGGACAAGACUGACGACAUCUCCACCAAAAGCACUAGCCGAUCUCGUCGAAAGCUAUCUCGGGGCUAUGUUAGUCGAUUCGAACUUCGACUUUAUCGAAAUCGAAAAGUUUUUCGAGAAGCACGUCAAACCAUUCUUCGAAGAUAUCGAAGCUUACGACACAUUCGCCAAUCGUCAUCCGACUACCCACCUGUCACGUCUCCUACAUGAAUACUUCCACUGUCAGAGAACGACACCGGAGACUCUGGGGCAGGUGGAAACGUCGGUGCACACGAGUGAUGUCUCGAGAGACGAUGAAGCAGUGGCUGGUGUCACCGUUCAUGUCGGCUGGGUCAUCCAUGGAAAGGUCAUAAGUUCGAGCCGAGGGACCAGUAAAGGAUAUGCCAAGACACGUGCUUCUAAGAUAGCUCUGACGAAGUUGGAAAACUUGUCGGUUGAGGAGUUUAGGGCGACUUAUGGUUGUGAUUGUACCACGAAGAAAUCAAAGCGAGAGGAGGCGAAGAGAGCGGUGAGACAGCCUUCAUAACACGCUUGGUGGAGAGGGAAGAUAGGUAGUCAGUGGUGUGAGAUAGACAUAUAGAUGA